GGCCAUGAUCGGUUCUCGGUGAAGAUAAGUACUUGUGCAACGUCGACAAGAAAAUCGGUUCGAAUGGAGUGCAUCGUCUACGAGAACGAGGAUCGGAAGUUCGCCGGAUUCAUCACGUCGUUUGUCACCCAUACCGUUUUCCCUGUGGACACAUUUCUUAGCUAGAGUAAGAGUAAAUUCUUAAAAAGAGGAGGAUAGAAUCGUGAUGAGUCGAGUUUGUGGCUUAGUUGUGGCACAAAUCAAUCUUGAAUGGCUCCUUCCUUUUUAUAUCAUAACAUAAGGUCGGGGCUUAGGUCCAACGACGCUUAAAGCACUAAGUAAAACAACCGGUUAGUUUCCACCCCAAUACUCUAGGUCUAUCCCUUCAUGCAACACCUUCAUGGGUAUUUCCGUUAAUCCCUCAUUCUCCUUUCGAAGUACUACAGAGUUUUUUUUUUUCAAACGUCAAUCUGAAUCAGUCACACUCACGUAUAGUAGUUUCUUUCUUAAACUUAAAUAGCUGAGUCCACGACUGCGUCUCUGAAAUAGACUGACAAACUCCGACAAUGCCUUCCCUUACACGGCAAGGAGGGUUCUUCUCUCGCUCUUCCUCCGCCAAAGCAGGAAGCCCCACCAGGGCAGGCCUAGCACAGAACCACAAUCAGAUUCCAAAAUCAGAGACCAAACAUCAGAGACUAAAAGUCUGGUUAGCAGACUACGUCGAGGGCUUCCUAAAAGGCCCAACUUGGCGUGAGCCAUUGCAGGAAUUUAUCAAUGACAAGUGCUUCCUCUUUGUGGAUUUGAUCGAUGUGGAGCGGCAGGAGGAUAGGGAAGAGGAAGUGGCAGAGAAUUCCACAGAGGGCAUCGGUGGCCACGAGCACAAGGCGGUUCAUAAGUACUUGUGUCUGCUAUUUUUCUCUUUGAGCGUGUGUGUAGUUUUGCACGUUGAAGACCUAUCGAGUCUGGUUGACUCCUUUUCGCUUUCUUUCCCAAUUUAAGUACUGUUCAAUGCCUUUAUCUAAAUCGUUACAACUAUUUGCUGGAUUUAUUCUGAAUUUAGAGGCUAAUACUUCCUUGAACUUGAAGUUACAACUUAAUAUUGCAAAUACACAAGAACAAUUACAAUCCUACACCAGUGCCUUCCGCCAACUCGUCGAGGACCUUAUCUGCGCCCACUUGCUUGAAGUGGAAGCUUCAGCAGAGGAUUUUGCGAACAUCGCGCAUCUGCUAGACCCGAAGCUACGUGAGCAACUGGGUUCGGUGGAUGACUAUCUGGUAUUUCGUCGCAUGAUGCAAGCAGCAGCUGUGAAUAGCGCUGGGGAACAGAAACGGUUGUUGAAGAAUCGGCAUGAUGAGGUGGAUCAUAUUCAUUUUUCUUCUUCCUCAUCAUCAUCUUCGUCGAGUAGCAGUUACGACAACAACCAAUUUUCAUCCUCGUCGUCGUUGUCGUCCUCUAGUGCAGCUACGGGAUCGUGGAACAGUUGGGACCGCGUUCGCGAGGUGGACCUGCAGACCGGGAGUAAAAAGGAAAUGCCUACAACAUCAGAAGAAGUUCCGGGGGCACCUCCUAAGAGUAAGUCAAAAGCGAAAAGCAUUGGUGAGCUGAUGAAUUCUGUGUCCUCGAGUGCUUCAGCUGCUAAAAAGGAUAAGAGUAAAGGCGGUGCAGGGACAGGCGGAUUUCAGAUAUCAGCGAAACAAAUUCGGAAUGCCUUGUUAGGGAAAUAG